AUGAGAAGCUUGGAAUUGACCACCAUCUCGCUUUGGGCGGCCGGUUGCCCCGCCUCGUUACUGAAUAUUGUAGUCCGUUGGAGAGCCCAAAUCGCAUCCUUCUCAAGCCUUUCGCGUCUUGUCGCCAUGUCAGAUGUCGCUCAAAACUCUAAACCACCUCGCGGUGGAUCGCAUGGUGGCCGAGGCGGCGGUGGUCAAAGAGGAGGAGGCAAGGGUAAACUUCGUGGCUUACCGAAUGACUCGCCCGAAGUCCGCUUGUCCAAAACACUUUCCUGGUUGUUGCGCCACGGCGCACAGUCUGUUGGUCUCUUUAUGCGUCCUGAUGGAUAUGUCCGUGUUGAUGAUCUCCUCGCCACUCCGCAGCUUCGCGACCAGGAUCUUGCUCUUCCGAAGUUGCAAAAAAUGGUCGCGGAAAAUGCAAAGCAGCGGUUUAAGCUCGUCCAAGAGCCCGCUCCAGAUGGAGGUCCUGACGUAUGGUGGAUACGUGCGGCUCAGGGACAUUCGCUUGCUACGGUGAAGCUGGAUGAUCUGAAACCCAUACUCACGGCUUCGGAUGUGCCCAUGGCAGUACAUGGAACCAAUCAACAAGCUUGGAAAGCGAUAUCCGAGCAAGGACUGUCGAAGAUGAAGCGCAAUCACAUCCAUCUGGCUCAGGGUGUUCCCUCGGACGGUGUCAUCAGCGGUAUGCGUAACAGCGCACAGGUCUUGAUCUACAUCGACCUGGAGCGUGCCUUGGCAGACGGCCUCAAGUUCUAUCUUUCCGAUAACGGCGUCAUUCUGUCAGAAGGCAACGAAGCAGGUAGCAUUGCGCCUACAUACUUUGCCAAAGUGACGGAUAAGCACGGGCAAUCUAUAGCAAGGUAG